AUGUCCCAGCACGACCUGUUCCUCAACCUCCUGCGCCCGGCCGUCCUCCACAUCCUGCGCGCGACGGGCUUCCACUAUGGCAAGCCCUCGGCCGUCGACACCGUCGUCGAUCUGACUGCCCGCUACCUGUCUCUGCUGGCCGAGCGCACCGCCUACAAUGCCUUUUCCAACCACAACGACCUCACCCCCGACGUGACCGACGUGCGCAUGGCCAUGCAGGACUGCGGCCUGCUUGUGCCCACCAUGACGGCCGGAGAAGAGCUGUGGAAGGAGAUACUGCGCAAGCCGCUGGAAGACUACAAUGCAGAAACAGGCGCGCGCGCAGACGAGGAGAAGCGACGCGACGCCGAGGACACGGCUGAUGUCAACGAAUUCAUCGCCUGGGUCGAGGGCGAGCAGAACAAGGACAUCAGGCGCAUCGCAGGCACAUACAAGCCUGUGGCCAUAAACCCCACCGAGCAGCUCGACCAGCUGGAGAUGGAGGACUACCUGAACACCCUGAUGAAGAAGCACAGCAAGACCGGCGUCGAGUCUCGCUUCCAGGGAACUGUGCUCGGUGUCCCCGCAGAGCCCAAAACGAUCAAGAUCGAAGGAGGCGGCCCAGACUCGAUUGAAGAAUGGUGUCGCAAAACACGCGAACAAGCAGCCAAAGCCGCCGAAUCAAAACGAGAGAACGACGCGACGAACCACGUCAAAACGAAAGAAUCUACAGAAGACAUAGUCAUGGAGACGGAGUAA